UUGUUGCAAAGCAUCAGUCAAGUAUCAAUAUCCUGUGCACUAAUUCUUCGAACCAUUUCAUUUGUGAUCAUUAAAACACUAAUUGGUGAACUUCCCAAGAAUUAUCAUCUAUUUCAAAAAGUCUGAAAUUACAUUAAGUUUAUAUAUAUUUGAUCGAGUGAGCUAGGAUCGAACGUAAACACCCGCGGACAAAGAUUUUACUUUCUAGGCGAAAGAAAGAAACGGAAAAUUAAGAAUGCGUCUAUGCUUCGGGAAACGUACUGGUGUACGUAUGGGCGCGUCAGGAUCCAAUCGACGCAAUUCCGACGCUUACUUUCGACAACUGUCCCUUCAAAGAAAGCAUGGCGUGAUCGGUGAAAUAAACGUAUCCUCCAAUCUGCCAGUCACCGUUUUCAAGAAAAAUGAAAAAACGAAACAGUUGAUCAAAAACGCCAUUUUGAACAACCAGUUCCUCGGAGAUCUCGAUGAGUCGCGUAUAGAGAAACUUAUAUCGGUGAUGUAUCCGGAACAGGUGAGGGCCAAUACGCGAAUCAUUCACGAAGGUGAAGUCGGAUCGCAUAUGUACGUCUCGGAAGAGGGAACCUUCGAAGUUUACGUAGGCAAUACGUGCCACGAGAGCUUUGGUCCUGGCGUCGCUUUCGGAGAACUGGCCUUGUUGUACAAUACCAAAAGACUGUGUUCUAUCCAUGCGAGUACAAAUGCGAAAGUAUGGGUGUUGGAAAGACAGGUGUUUCAGACGGUAAUGCUAAAAGAUAACGAAGAAUCGUUGGAGCAUAAUUUGAAGAUUCUUCGUCAAAUUGAAAUAUUCAAGGAUCUGUCGGAGGAGGUCCUGCAAAAAAUAUGCGACCUUAUAACAGUGGAAUUUUAUCCGGCGAAUUCGUACGUGAUUCGAGAAGGUGACAAAGGAGAUAAAUUCUACAUUAUAAACGGUGGUAGCGUGAAGAUCACGAAGAAUAAACCAGGUGGCACGGAAGAGGAAAUGACAAUUCUUGAGAAGGGUGACUAUUUCGGUGAAAAAGCGCUAUAUGACUCUGAAGAAUCUCGUCGACAGGCGAACGCUAUCGCGAUGGCUCCUGGAUUAGAAUGUUACACGAUUGAAAAAAAAGCUUUCCUAGAUUAUCUUGGUGGACUAGACUUGAUCAGAAAUAGAAAUUGGUCAGGAUAUUACAGUGUAAAUGAAUCGGAUGACUGGAGUGACGAAUUCAAGAAUUUAACUCUGUCUGAUACUGUAUUUGAAGGAACGAUCGGAGCUGGAGGUUACGGCCGAGUGGAACUGGUCGUCGUCAACUCGAUGCCUAAUCUUAGUUUCGCCAGGAAAAAGAUUGUCAAGGAUAUGAUCACAAAGGGUGGCUUCCAAAAAAUGAUGUAUAACGAGAAGAAUAGUUUGAAAUUGUGUAAUUCGCCGUUUAUCUGCAAAUUAUACAGAACCUUUAAGGACAAUAGAUAUUUAUACCUGCUACUGGAAGUAUGUUUAGGCGGAGAUUUAAGAACAGCCUUAUACAGAAACGGCCGAUUCGAUAAUUCAACAACUAGAUUUAUAACCGGCUGUGUCGUAGAAGGACUUCAACACCUUCAUUCACUGGGCAUCAUCUACAGAGACUUAAAACCUGAGAACAUCGUAAUCGAUAAUCGAGGCUAUACUAAGCUUACUGAUUUUGGAUCCAGUAAAAAAAUUGGCCCAUACAAGACAAAGACUUUUAUGGGUACACCAGAAUAUUUGGCUCCGGAAAUCAUUCAAAGUAAACUUUAUAAUCAGGCCGUUGAUUAUUGGGCACUUGGAAUUCUUACGUACGAGAUGUUAAUAAAUCGAACACCUUUCCAAGAUGUAAGUGAUAUAGAAGUGUAUAAGAACAUUCUUCGUGGCUUUAAGGAUACGCUUGUACCGCCCAUUAUUAAAAACUCGGCAAAGAAUUUUAUCAAAUCACUACUGGAAGAUGAUCCAUAUAAAAGACUUGGUUAUUUACGAAAUGGUGUUGCUGAUAUUCAUAACCAUAGAUGGUUCCAUAACUUUAAGUGGCAAGAGUUACGGAACCAAACAAUGCCUUCCCCUAUUGUACCAAAGGUGAGGGAUCAUCUCGACUUAAGAAAUUUCGAUAAAUAUGCUCCAGAUUACAGAUCGGCACCAAUGGACUAUUCCGAUUGGGAUACGAAUUUCUAACAAUCUUUAUUAUACGAUUCACCUUGUAUAUAUUAUGUUAAAGUACCUAUUUAUUAUUUAAGCUAACUAUUAAAUAAUAUAUUAGCCCUUACUUUUCAUUUUGUGACAGUAUUAAAAAUAUAUUUUUAAAUAACGAAAAGUCAAUUAUAACGCAUAACAUAUAGUUAAAUCUUUUGUAAGUUGCAAAAAAGCAUCAAUUUAUAAAAAAUUAUAAUUAAAGUAUACAUACAUACUUUGUAUAUAUGAA